AUUCCUUCAAUCUGCACAUAAACACAUGUGUGAUUGGGACAGUACAGACAGGAGGUGCAGCUCCUCUCUCUUGGAAUAGCCAAUAUACAUGAGCUAACCGAGGGCUUAAACUAGAUUUUGUUCAAUGAGUAAUUCAGGGGUGUGUUGUGGCAAUCUGGAGGAGCAGAAGGGGCUAAUGAAGAUGGGCCUUUGUAUGGUGUUAGUAGGGCAUGUGAACUUCCUGCUGAGCGCUCUGGUCCAUGGUGUGGUGCUGAGACACUUCAGCUUGCAGCGGGGACAGGCCAUGGAAAGCGCCAUUUCUAACGUCAUAGCUCUGACAGCGGGCCUGCUGGGUGUCAUUAUUGGGAUAUUGACUAUUGUUCUGUCCAAAAAUGGGAAGAACAGGCUACUGACCUUGUCACUGCUCGUGUUAAGUGCUGUAGCUGGUUUAGUGGCUGCCGCCUCAGUCGUCGGCCUGAUGGUGUCCUUGGUAAAGACCAUAAUUCAUGGCGACAAGAGACUACUCGCUUACUGUGGCUACAAUGAUGGCAAUGGCAGAAGUCACCUAACCAUCGCCAAUGAGUGUCCUUUUGACCCCACUCGUAUUUUUAGCACCACGAUUGUCCUGUGGGUCCCAUUGAUACUAAUGAGUGCAGUGGAGAUGGUGUUCUCCUGCCGCUUAUUUAAGCUCUCCAUCUCCUACCUCGUUCAGCCCUGGUGCCUCCGCAAACAACAUUUCCAAGAUGAGAACAGAUUGAUUAAAACCCCGGGAGCGUCCGAGCCCCGCUACGCACCUCCAUUCAGUCGUUAUGAAGGAGACGAGGAGCGGAGGUUGUCCGUUAGACCCCCAGAGCGGUACAAGCCACCCUGCAACUCUCACCCGCACCGUUCCGUGUCCUCCGGCCAGUACCGCCAAAACCUCUCCUCAUCCCCUUUCAACCGGGCGGCGCUGGAACGGUCCAGUAUCUGGAUCUGAAUUUGAACCGGAACGUGGCCGGCCUCAUUCGAGGCUCAAGGGCAUUUUAAAGUCUUUGGAAGACAGACCAUGCUUGUAGACUACAGGUCGCAUCUGAUGUUUUGUCACUCAUUCAGUGUGUUGUCUUUAUGAAAUAUACCUAUAUAUUUAAUAGCGUCUGGUUUAUGCUGUCCAGAGAGAGAAAAGUGAGUGUUAGGUUUUGCAUAUACUUUGGAGGGUAAAAAAUUACCCACAUAGCUAAUAGCCUAAAUGCUGAAAUCACCAAUAACUAGGCCUAUUAAACACAAUAAAUAAUAUCUUAAUGAAAAUGGAAAAUAUUUAGAAAGGUUUCUGAGACUAUAAGCUAAUAUUAGCUCGCUUUGAAAACUAUAGCUCACUAUAAAGUCAAUAGAAAGUCUACUGUAAAAAAAAAAAAAAAAAAAAAAUCAGUGAAAUUUACGGUAAAAA